AUGUGGCGAGUAGAGAAUGAGAGAGAGAGAAUGAGAGAGAGAAUGAGAGAGAAUGAAUCGCGCUCCAGCUGUUUCACGGAGGAUGAGGAGGACGAGGAGGGCCGCCCGAAAGUCGUGGUGUGUGACUCGAUUCCCUCUGAUAAAAGCAGCGCAUGGCCUCCGCUGCUCAGUCGACUGCGACGAGAGGAACCGAGCGCUCGGACCUCUCCCGGCUUGCAGCCUUCCCGCCUUCACCACCAGCAAGAUCAAGGGAAUGUUCCCGCUCAUUUCGAAGUGCGGGGAGCAGAUGGUUCGCCACCUACGGCAGAAAUACGCGGACAGCAAAGAGGGUAA